UUCUCCCAACAACAACUACCCUAUCACAUUUCACAUUUCACAUUCACCACAUUAAUUCCCUUGUUGUUUUUAGCCACAAUGGGUCUGAAGUUUACACAUGCAGUGAUGAUAAUAGUUAUAAUGAGUGCUUCAAUGUUUUCAGUGAGCAUGGCCAACAAGGAUUGGUUCCCUGCUUUCAACUACACUGAUUGGUGGUCCAGAUUUGGGAAUCAUCAACAAAACAAAACACAGCAACAACCAAGGCAGAUUGUUGUGGGUGGUUCUGAGCAUUGGCACUUUGGCUACAACUACUCUGAUUGGGCUAUCAAGAACUUCCCAUUUUACCUCAAUGACACUCUAGUGUUCAAAUAUGAUGCUCCAAAUGCCACCACUUUCCCACACAGUGUCUACAUGUUCAAAAACUAUGGCAGCUUCUUGAAGUGUGACAUAAAAAAGGCUAAGAUGUUGGCAAGUCCGGUGCAAGGUGGAGGAGAGGGGUUCAAGUUUCUGUUGCAGAAGUGGCAGCCUCAUUACUUUGCCUGCGGUGAGAGAAAUGGCUUCCAUUGCAGCAAUGGCACCAUGAAGUUUGCUGUCAUGCCAAUGUUUCGUCCCUUCUGGCCGUGGCCAUGAUACAAUUGCACCGACCAUUCAAACUUGCUAUCGUUAUUUUUUCUUCUUCUUAUUAUAUGUUUUGUCCCAAGUUUUCUUCAAAUAAAUUAUAUUGUAGCUUCAACUUGAUUGAUUUUUAUCAAAUUUUAAUUAUUGUAAUGCACUUUGGUGAAAGAUCAUAACAGCCAUAAAGAGUUGUUUGUGUUGUAUACUUAGGCCUUUUAAAUAAUAGGACAUGAAAAUUAUCUAUAAGAGCCUGUUUUAUUAGAAGAUGAAACAGAGUUAUCUU